AUGAACGAGGAGUGCAUCAUCCGAAAAUUGAUCGCCGAUGGUGAUGGUGGCGGUGACGAUCGUCGAUUCUUCACAUUGCUACCUCUCCUGCUGAAAGUUGCCAAGGAUCCCGAGAAUUCGCAAAGCGUUAUUCCUCGAAUCAUGAAAAUACUGGAUGCAGCUGAAACAGCACUCCGGAAGCAGGUAUUGAUCUCGGAAAUGAAUGAGAAACAAAUUGAAGAGUACACCCUUCUCACCAAACAGAUUGAGCAAGAAAUUGUUCGGGCAAAUGAAAAAAUGUCCGCUGCUAAGAAGGAGUUGUCAGUUGCAAAAGGAAUUCGGAAGAAUAAGGAGGAAUACGAGCUGCUAGCAAAUAUGAUCGAAAAAGUGCCUUCGCGAUCGCAAACUAAUAAGUAUAUUUUUUCCCGUAGUGAAUUUUCUUUUUCUUUGGCGCCGCUGUAUUUAUUUUAA